AUGUUUGGAUGGUCAGCCCGGUCUUGGUUUUAUAACUGUGCUAAACCGACAAAAAAGGGAAGCAAGGAUAGGAACUACCACUGGCUUGCUGAUAUCCUAAGCAACCACCGGGAGAGAAUUGUGAGAGAGCUGGAUGUGCAGAAAGUGCUGUCAUAUCUGGUUUACGAGAGAGUCUUUUCCUUGGAGGAGUACAAAGACAUUUUGUCCCGGGAGUGCUGCGAGAAGCAAGCUGCAUAUUUUUUAGAGAAACUCACUUGCAAAGGCCCCGGCGCCUUGUCUGCUUUCUGCUCUGCGCUGGAGGAGGACUGCCCCCACUUGCUCAUUUCCAUUCUCCUUGACUAUCAAGGUGUAUUGACAAGGAGCAUCACAGAUCUAAGUUUUGAGAAUUCAAGACUGGGAUUAGCAUCAGAAAUGGACAUUCAGGACCCCAAUGAAGCCAGUGGCCUGGAAGGAAAGUCUUUGGCUGAUGACCAGAUAAAUCACUCAUUCAACAAGUACAGGGUAACGCCAUCUUCUGAAACUUCCAAUGGUUCUAAUUGUAGCAUAAGCCAAGGAAAGCCUUCUUUAAGAAGAAUCAAAGGGAGAAUACAUAGGAGCAAAAGCCUCGAUAGCCUUGAUUUCAGUGAGUUCAAUAGCACAACAAUGGAAGAAACAGCUAUAUGGGAACAACAUACAGUGACGCUUCACAGGGCUCCUGGAUUUGGGUUUGGUAUUGCAAUAUCUGGUGGAAGAGAUAAUCCCCACUUCCAGAGCGGCGAAACAUCAAUAGUUAUAUCAGAUGUGCUCAAAGGCGGCCCGGCAGAAGGGCUUCUACAGGAGAAUGACCGUGUUGCAAUGGUUAAUGGGGUUUCGAUGGAUAAUGUGGAACAUGCGUUUGCCGUUCAGCAGCUGAGGAAAAGUGGGAAGAAUGCCAAAAUUACCAUCCGAAGAAUGAAGAAAGUUCAGAUUCCAGUAACUCGGACAGAUCCUGACCCAGUAUCUGAAAACGAUGAAGACAGCUAUGAAGAAGAUAUGCAUGAUCCAAGGGGUUCCCGCGGUGCUGCCAGCGCAAGCAGAAAGCUUGAGAAAAGCUGGGUGAGGGAUCGAAGCCGAGAGCGGAGCUUAUCGCCAAGGUCAGAUAGGCGGUCAGUAGCUUCCAGUCAACCAGCGAAACCUACUAAAGUCACGUUGGUGAAAUCCAGGAAGAAUGAAGAAUAUGGUUUGCGCCUGGCCAGCCACAUAUUUGUGAAAGAAAUAUCCCAAGACAGCCUGGCAGCAAGAGACGGCAAUAUUCAGGAAGGUGACGUUGUACUGAAGAUAAACGGAACAGUCACGGAAAAUAUGUCAUUGACAGAUGCCAAGACCCUAAUAGAAAGGUCAAAGGGCAAGUUGAAGAUGGUGGUUCAAAGGGAUGAGCGAGCAACUUUGCUGAAUGUCCCAGAUCUUUCUGAUAGCAUUCACUCAGCCAAUGCUUCAGAAAGAGAUGACAUUUCAGAAAUUCAGUCGCUGGCAUCCGAUCAUUCCAACCGAUCCCAUGACAGGUCUCGCCGCAGUCGUUCACGAUCUCCUGACCAGAGGUCAGAGCCUUCAGAUCAUUCCAGACUUUCUCCACAGCAGCCCAGCAAUGGCAGUCUCCGGAGUAGAGAUGAUGAAAGAAUAGCAAAACCAGGAGCAGUCUCUACCCCUGUGAAGAGUGCAGAGGAACCUCCCCUUUCCAAAACAGUGGAAGAAUCUGUAACGGAGAGAAACGAUAAGCAGACUCCACCCCUUCCAGAACCAAAGCCAGUCUACGCUCAGGCAGGUCAGCCCGAUGUGGAUUUACCAGUUAGUCCAUCUGAUGGCCCUUUACCAAACUCAACCCACGAAGACGGAAUGCUUCGGCCAAGCAUGAAGCUUGUCAAAUUCAAGAAAGGGGACAGCGUGGGCUUGCGGCUAGCUGGUGGCAACGAUGUUGGGAUAUUUGUGGCUGGUGUCCUCGAGGAUAGCCCUGCUGCCAAAGAAGGCUUGGAAGAAGGAGAUCAGAUUCUCAGGGUAAAUAAUGUAGACUUCACAAAUAUCAUCAGAGAGGAAGCAGUACUGUUUCUACUUGACCUCCCUAAAGGGGAAGAGGUAACCAUUUUGGCACAGAAGAAAAAGGAUGUUUACCGGCGUAUCGUUGAGUCAGAUGUAGGAGACUCUUUCUACAUUAGAACUCAUUUUGAAUAUGAGAAAGAAUCUCCCUACGGACUUAGCUUCAACAAAGGAGAAGUGUUUCGGGUGGUGGAUACGUUAUACAAUGGCAAGCUUGGAUCCUGGCUGGCCAUUCGGAUUGGCAAGAAUCACAAAGAGGUGGAAAGAGGCAUUAUACCCAACAAGAACAGAGCUGAACAAUUGGCUAGCGUGCAGUACACACUCCCAAAGACGGCAGGCGGGGACCGUGCCGACUUCUGGAGGUUCCGAGGCCUGCGCAGCUCCAAGAGAAACCUCCGAAAAAGUAGAGAGGAUCUUUCUGCCCAACCAGUUCAGACCAAGUUUCCUGCGUACGAGAGAGUCGUCCUUCGAGAAGCUGGAUUUCUCAGGCCUGUAACAAUAUUUGGACCAAUUGCGGACGUUGCCCGGGAGAAGCUGGCAAGGGAAGAACCAGAUAUCUAUCAGAUUGCGAAAAGUGAACCCAGAGAUGCUGGUACAGACCAGCGUAGUUCGGGCAUUAUCCGUCUUCACACAAUAAAACAGAUAAUUGACAGAGACAAACACGCACUGUUAGACGUCACCCCAAAUGCAGUUGACCGCCUGAAUUACGCACAGUGGUAUCCCAUUGUGGUGUUCUUGAACCCUGAUUCGAAGCAGGGCGUAAAGACCAUGAGGAUGAGGCUAUGUCCAGAAUCCCGGAAAAGUGCCAGAAAAUUGUAUGAGAGGGCCCACAAGCUACGGAAAAACAAUCAUCACCUCUUCACAGCUACUAUUAACUUGAAUUCAAUGAACGAUGGCUGGUAUGGCGCACUUAAGGAAGCGAUUCAGCAACAGCAGAAUCAGUUAGUGUGGGUUUCGGAAGGAAAGGCAGACGGUGCUACGAGCGAUGACCUUGACCUACACGACGACCGCCUGUCCUACCUAUCAGCUCCGGGUAGCGAGUACUCGAUGUACAGCACAGACAGCAGACACACCUCCGACUAUGAAGACACCGACACGGAAGGCGGGGCAUACACGGAUCAAGAGCUGGACGAGACUCUCAACGACGAAGUUGGGACGCCUCCCGAAUCGGCCAUCACACGGUCCUCUGAGCCUGUAAGAGAGGAUUCAUCAGGGGUGCAUCAUGAGAAUCAAACAUAUCCUCCUUACGCAGCGCAAGCUCAGCCGCAGCCAAAUCACAGGAUAGAGUCUCCGGGCUUUAAAACAAACGCAGCUCAACCGAAAGCAGAUGCCUCACCCGCCGCCCCCUACCUUUCCCCGUCGCCAGAAACAAACCCUGUGGCCUCAUCAACCUCUGCCGUUAACCCCAGUGCCAGCCUCAAUAGUAUCAGGCUGGAGGAGCCGGGCAUGGCUCCUUACAACUCCUACCAACCACAAGCCGGCCCCCUACGAACGCCCAGCGCAGAGGCACCGCCUCACUUAUUGCUCAGAGACCAAGAGCCGCCAUCCUUAUCGCCGCACAUAGAUCCAGCAAAGAUGUACCGGAAGGACCCAUACAUGAACGAGGAGGCGCCUCGGCCAAACUACGUCUUGAAACAGCCGGUGCAGAGGCAGGAGAAGGAUGCCAACCUGACCUACGAACCGCAAGCGCAGUACACAGAGAAGCAGCCUAAUCGAGAUUACGAGCCCUUGGCGUAUAGGUAUGAUUCCACCAACUACGUGGACCAGUUUUCCCGUGGCUACGACCCUCGCCUGCACUACGAGGAGCGGGUGCCUCCGUACGACGACCACUGGACCUAUUACGACGAAAAGCAGCCCUAUCAGCCCCAGCCACCUUACGACAGCCAGCCCCCCCGAGACUUUGACCCCCGGCAGAAUGCGGAGGAGAGCACAGAGCGCGGCUGCUUUUUCCCAGCACAGCCCCGCUUCGAAGAGCCGCCGCCGCCGCCCGUGGCUUACGACAGCCGGCCUCGCUACGAGCAGGCGCCGAAGAACUUCAACCUCGCGCAGCUGCGGUAUGAAGAGCAGCCCACAGCCGUCUACGAAGCCCACGGGAGAUACAAAACCGAGGCUCAGGCCUACCCCUCGUCCGUGCCCAGAUCUCCCGAACCCAAGCAUUACUUUGACUCGCAACCCCGAGGCUACGAACAAGCGCCCCCGCCAGGGUUUGGGGCUAAAGCAGGCCAGUACGAACCUCCUCACGGCACCGCCGGGACGCACCCUCCCCUUCCCCUGCAAAGCAAGCCAGAAGUCCUGCCUUCCAACAGUAAACCACUGCCUACACCACCAGCCGAGGAGGAGGACGACCCAGCCAUGAAACCGCAGUCCGUGCUAACCAGGGUGAAAAUGUUUGAAAACAAAAGGUCGUCGUCGUUGGAAAAAAUAAAGGACUCCAAUGAGGUCCCCGUAGUCAAGCAGCCGCCAGAGCUUGCACCUAAACCUAACAUCACCCCAGUGAGCGGCCCUAAACCAGUCUCUCAAAACCAAUAUGAACACGACAAACCAGCUUACAGAGCCCCAGAACCACAAAGACCUCAAGCAAACCCCCCCGAAGACAUCAUCCGGGCAAACCACUAUGACCCAGAGGAGGACGAGGAGUACUACCGCAAGCAGCUCUCCUAUUUCGACCGUCGGAGUUACGAAAACAAGCCUGCCGCGCAGGUCGCCGCCAGCCAUCACGCUGAGCCUGCUAAGCCCAUCCAUAACCUCCAUAACCAGCUGAACUACACAAACUACGCUUCGAAAUUUCUUGGCUCUUACACUAGCUAUGACUACUUGAAAAGGAACCUCAAGUGGGGGAAGUCGAUAGACGUGGAGCCGCUGGAGAGGGCGGUUGGCGAAAAGCGCUAUGAGCCGGUUCCCCAAGUGACUCCCCCUCCCCCGGUGCCUCCGGUGCAGUAUACCCAACCUCAGUCCAUCAACAGCCCUAUCGUGUCUCUUCAGCCCAAGGCUGCGCUUACCGAAGUCAACUCUGUGUCAGACUUUCAGAAUUCCACCCUAUCCAAGCCAGAGCCGCCACCGCCUCAGAACAAGCCGGCUGCUUUCCGAUCUUCCAGUCGAGAAGACACCGUUCAGUCCACCUACUACCCUCAGAAAAGUUUCCCUGACAAAGGGCCGGUGAACGGGACCGAACAGAUCCCGAAGGCGGCCACCCCUGCUUACAACCGCUUCACGACGAAGCCUUACACAAGUGCUGCCCGGCCCUUUGAACGCAAGUUUGAAAGCCCGAAAUUCAACCACAACCUCCUGCCAGAUGAGAAUCAGCAUAAACCAGAGUUGCCAUCCAAAUCGCAAAACUCUCCCCAGCCAGUUUUAAAAGCACACAGUUCGUCUCAGCCUCUGCCGGAGUUUGACAGCGCGAUGGAUACGUUCUCUGUACAGGCCGACAAGUUCAAGUACCAACCGAAUAACAUCAGUGCUGUGCCUAAAGCCAUUCCUGUCAGUCCUUCUGCUUUGGAAGAUGACGACGAAGAAGACGGACACACGGUGGUAGCCACGGCGAGAGGCGUCUUUAACAGCAACGGUGGCGUUCUGAGCUCCAUAGAGACCGGAGUUAGCAUAAUUAUACCACAAGGAGCCAUUCCAGAGGGAAUAGAACAAGAGAUCUAUUUCAAGGUCUGCCGAGAUAAUAGUAUCCUUCCACCUUUAGACAAAGAGAAAGGUGAAACGCUACUCAGCCCCUUGGUAAUGUGCGGGCCCCAUGGACUCAAAUUCCUGAAGCCAGUGGAGCUGCGCUUGCCACAUUGUGCGUCUAUGACCCCUGAUGGUUGGUCUUUUGCUCUAAAAUCCUCCGACUCCUCGUCGGGUGACCCCAAAGCCUGGCAGAACAAGUCUCUUCCUGGGGAUCCAAACUAUCUUGUUGGAGCAAACUGUGUGUCAGUGCUAAUAGAUCACUUCUAACCCUUUACAUUAGCAGGACUGACUUUAAGUGUGAAUCCAAGAUUAAAACAAACAAACAAACCUUGCCUAGAAGCUGAACCACUCUUUUCAAGUAUUAACAGUUCUCUUAGUAUUAAGCAGUCUUUGCUUUGACUAACAACAGACAGCACGUGCGUUCUUGAACCAUGGUCAGGGUACAUGGGCGUUGAGCAAGGCAAGGAUCUUAGGGCGUCCCUCUGGCUUCCCUUACCUGGACACUUCUGAUGCAUCUUAGCAUAAAACUCUCUUAAACUACCACUGAAGCAAUGCAAUUUAUUAUUAUUAUUAUUAUUAUUUUUCAGAGGAACUGGCGUUUCGUUCACGAUUCACUGCUGAAUUAGGUCUUUUUCUUACCAAAGUUUUUUUUCUUUUUAUAAAAAACAAAAACAAAACGCCUUUGUGUUUAAAAUAUGCAAAGACUCUUGGAGUCGCUGUUCGUUUGUUUUUGUUUUUUAAAAAAACUGGCAAUCUUUUGAUGCAUUUUGCCCACGAAGUGGAAAUAACGUCUUUUGCUAGCACAAUAUAGAAGGUGUUCUUCCUCUUGCUGAGAAGGGAGAGUUACAUGCACGACUACUUUAAUUGUACAUGAAACACACUUUUUUUUUCCUUUUGUCAUGGGGAAAGAGAGGAAGCGCAUGUGAUAUGACUAUGGUUCAUUUGCCUCUGUGGAUCUGUAAAUUAACCACAUCUACGACAGACACAUUAACCAGCAGGGAGGCCUUACCCUCAUGUUUUUACUAGUCUUAGUUGUCAUUGUAGUUCUCUGUACUACUAAGUUUGUAUGGCUUCUAUGCUUACAUAGAUAAAUACAUCUCAGAAAGUUGAAAAGCCCAUUCGUUUUGUGACCUUGUUGGUUUAGAGAGAGAAAGAGAGAUAAAAAAAUAUAUACAUUUGAUUUUGCGCUGAUCAACCAGAGGAGAAACCUGAAGAACAUGAUGGUAUGUUUUCUGCUAUGCAUUUUGAAAAUUUAUAGAUGUUAUAGAUUGCUUGUAUAUAACUCGUGCAUACCACUUUUGUUCUUGGUUUGUAAAUUAACUUUUAUAAGCUUUACCUUUUUAUAUAUAUAAAUAUAUAUAAAAAUACAAAACAAAAGUUUCUUAAUAUCUUUGUAUUCUCAUACCUUUUGAGCCUUGAACUUUGACAUCUUGCAGCAAUAAAGCAGCAUUUCUACAGUACAUGAAAACAAGGACUUUUUUUAAAAAAAGAAAAUGCACAAAGUUGUUACCUUUUUAAGUGCUGCAUUUAAAGACUAACUCGGAAUUCUCUAGUUUGAUUACAUUCUUGAAAAAAAAAAGUAUCCCUACUGUAAUUUUGUGAUAAGGAUGCUGUACCAUGUGCCCUGAAAUGUAUUUUUUUACUAAUAGACAAUUUAUUAUGGCACAUCAGCACUAUCUGUUUAGAUAAUAUACCACUGCAUUCUGUUAAUCAGUUAUUUAGCUAUUCAGGUGUGGCUGAUUUUUUUUCUUUGCCGUUAUUAAAAAAUACACAUUUCUAAAUAUACAGAAUAAAAACUGUUU